AUGGCGUUCGAUUUCGAUGACAUGGAGGCGGAGGCCCAAGCACGCCUCGCCGAAGGUGACGAUGUCGCUGCACGACAGGCAUUGGGGGCUGCGGAGAGCCCUGACGAGUGGCGCGGGGGGACACUGCCACCCAUGCGAAACAUAUUGGAUCCUAAGAAGCGGGCCUUGCCAUCCCGGCAAGAUCUUCGCAAGUACCUUGAGCCACUGAGAUUGGACAUCGUAGAGACGUUCAACACACGCCUGCGGCUCUUCGUUUUCCCUGGUGCUGGGGAUAGUGUGGCCAGCUGGGUGCAGUUUGUAAACCAGGUGCCCUCUUGGAUUGAUGUCGCCAUCUUCGAGCGCACGGGCCAUGGCCAGCGCUCCCUGGAACCCUUUGCGGAGACUUUGGUCGAUGAUGCAGAGGAAGCUUUUCGAGCACUUGAGGCCGUGCUGGCAGCUCAUGCAAAGGGUGGAAGCUUCGAGGGAGCACCCUUUGCUCUCACUGCACACUCCAUGGGAUGCCAGGUGAUGAUGGAGGUGGCGCUGCGUUUGAAGCAGCGGAUGGGCCUGCAGCCCGUGGCGAUGUUUCCCAUCGACCGUGGAGCCCCGCAUAUCCCCAUCUACACUGAGGAGGGCUAUCGCCUCCUGUGCAUGGACGAGCCUCUGGAGUUUUUCGAGGGGUUCAACCCCACCGUGUACAGGCUAAUGCUGAAGCCGAAUCGCCAUGAGUCGAAAGAUACUCAGAGGAUGAUUGAGAUGUGGAAGAGGGAUCUUAGACUCUGCCAAGAGCAUCUCUGGCCAGAAGGCCAUUUCAUCUUCAACUGCGAGCUGCACGUCAUCAAGGCCAUGCGGAACUUCGCGAUUGAUGCGAGUAAGAAGGCACUGCCGGAGGAAGCGGAGCGUGUCCGGGAGAUCAACUGCCGAAUCACCAACUCCGGGCCAGCAAGCGCAGCACCCUGGUCACACGAGAGCUUCGAUGCAUGGGCGCAGUGGACCACGUCCAAAUGCACGGUUCACAGUGUCGAUGCAGAUCACAUAGGCGUGAAACUACAUCCUACGACGAUACAACUUCUGACGGAUGUGCUGGAUUCAAAGAUCAUGCUGUGA